UCUGCUGAGAAUACCACGAAGUGCUCCUUUGUUUAGUUCCCAAUGGCUGGUGUGCAGAGCUCCGCUGGAUACCCUUCAAAGGAAGCCUCGUUGGCUCCCGAUCAAACAGAGAAGUUUGGGUGUCGAGAUUCCACCUCAGGCCUUGCUGCAGUGUGCUUUGCUUUGCCAGAUGUUGCAGAUGCUAUGGGAGCAGCUUGUUGCAACCCAGCCCUUCUGGCCCGGCUUGGAAUUGCCGAUCUCAACCUACGACAGCUGAUCUUCUCUCGCAGAUUUGCGGAACGCCGAGCUCAAGAUUUCUGUGAUCAUGGAAUACCAUGGGCCAAAGGAUGUGUCAAUUUGGAGCAGCUUGCGGUUGGAUUGAAGGUGAUGGACGUGUGUGCGUCAGACAGCAGCAACCACUUGUACUUCGAAUAUGGUGGUGGAUUGAGUCUGCUUGAGGAGACCAAAAAGCUGAUCCAUGCAGCUGCACUUUUUGCACAGCAACAUCCAAGACUUAAAUUCCAUGUGGAUGCGCAUGCCGGUGCCGGUGCACCACGUGGAAUUGCUACAAGCACUGCAAGGCGGAGAGCACUAUCCGUGGUUGACGAAUUGGUUGGGCUGGGUGUGGCCAGAGAGCACGUUUCCACGACAGCUUGGGGACGUCGAAUCUCGUCAGUGUGGUUGGAACCCGAAAGCUCGACAGCUGCCCGUGCUGAGCUGUAUUUCAGCCUGGACGGCCAGGAGUUCCCAACCCGCCCUGACUACUACAAGCUGCGCACAGAGAACAAGGCAGACAAGAAAGAGUCCAAUGAUGGCAACGAUGCUCACAAUGAUGCCUCAAAUACUCAGGAGAGUACCCAGGACAGCCAAACCAGCCAAACCAGCCAAACCAGCCAAACCAGCCAAACCAGCCAAAGUACGACAGAUUUUUCGGACUCAGAGGAAGAUGAGGAAGAUCGGCCUCAUGUGAGGCGUCAGCGUAUGUUGGCCAUGCUGCGUGCGCUUGGCUUUCCUUUUCAAGGCACAUUUCAGGGCAGCGAUGGACGACAUGUUAUCCUGUUGGCAAGACGCGAUGACAACCAAGAGUCUUCAGAUCAAGAAGGGUGAGGGAACCCAGAAAACACAGGCACUAGCAGAGUUGCGUGGUUGGCCACUACUUCAGCUCAGAGUCCCUUCUUCCUGCUGCUUUUAGUGGCAUCUCCGAAUGUUUAGUUUAGUGUACAUAGUUUCUCUGCCAUCCGGGCAUUCACAAAGCUUUUCGUGCAGCUCGCACAGCAAGUCUUUUGGUAGCGAGCGGCC